GGGGGCCCUGGUGGGGAGCCCUGGCUGGGCUGAGAGGGCCGGACACCGAGCCUGGGAGCCGCCGCCGUCGCCGCCGCCUGCGCCUCGGGAAAGGUAUCCCAAGGGCCACGUUUGCCUCCCUCACCCUCAGAUGUACCCCAUCAUGCCCGCCACUGUCCUCCUCUUCUGGGCCUCCCUGCUGACUGGGGCCUGGCCUGCUGCCCUUACCAAGGACUACCUCUUUGCCACCCCCAGGGUCCAGCUCUCCUUCAAAGAGCUGAAGGCUACGGGUACUGCUCAUUUCUUCAAUUUCCUGCUGAACACAACAGAUUAUCGGAUUCUGCUAAAGGAUGAAGACCAUGACAGGAUGUAUGUGGGCAGCAAGGAUUACAUCCUGUCCUUGGACCUCCAUGACAUCAACAGAGAGCCCCUCAUCAUCCAUUGGGCAGCUUCUCCUCAGAGGAUCGAGGAGUGUGUGCUCUCAGGGAAAAACAGCAAUGGGGAAUGUGGGAAUUUCAUUCGUCUCAUCCAGCCCUGGAAUCGGACACAUCUGUAUGUGUGUGGGACAGGUGCCUACAAUCCCGUGUGUACCUAUGUCAAUCGAGGGCGCAAGGCACAGGCUGUGGAGCUGACACACACCCUUCAGGCCAGAGGCCGGGGCAGCAGAGCCACGGAUGCCGCCGCUGUGAGCCCAACUGUGGCCACCCAGCACCAGGAUUAUAUAUUUUACUUGGAGCCGGAGAAACUGGAGUCAGGAAAGGGCAAGUGUCCUUACGAUCCCAAGGUGGACAGCGUCUCUGCCCUAAUCAAUGAAGAAUUAUAUGCUGGCGUGUACAUAGAUUUCAUGGGCACAGACGCAGCCAUCUUCCGAACCCUGGGCAAACAGACCGCCAUGAGGACAGAUCAGUAUAACUCUCGCUGGCUCAAUGAUCCUUCGUUCGUGCAUGCCCAGCUGAUCCCAGACAGCGCUGAACGGAAUGAUGACAAACUGUAUUUCUUCUUCCGAGAGAAGUCCACAGAGGCUCCCCAGAGCCCGGCUGUCUAUGCCCGAAUUGGCCGCAUCUGCCUGAAUGAUGAUGGGGGCCACUGCUGCCUGGUAAAUAAAUGGAGCACCUUCCUGAAGGCGCGACUCAUCUGCUCUGUUCCUGGCCCUGAUGGCAUCGAGACCCACUUUGACGAGCUACAGGACGUGUUUGUACAACAAACCCAAGAUGUGAAGAACCCCGUCAUCUAUGCUGUCUUCACGUCCUCGGGCUCUGUGUUCAGGGGUUCUGCAGUCUGCGUGUACUCCAUGGCCGACAUCCGCAUGGUCUUCAACGGUCCCUUUGCCCACAAGGAGGGGCCCAACUACCAAUGGAUGCCUUUUACGGGCAAGAUGCCCUAUCCUCGCCCUGGCACUUGUCCAGGGGGGACCUUCACACCAUCCAUGAAGUCAACCAAGGAUUACCCAGACGAGGUCAUUAACUUCAUGCGUACCCACCCCCUGAUGUACAACGCAGUGUACCCCCUGCAGCGCCGGCCUCUGGUGGUCAGGACCAACGCCCGCUACCGCUUUACCACCAUUGCUGUGGAUCAGGUGGACGCGGCUGACGGGCGCUAUGAGGUGCUUUUCCUGGGCACAGAUCGAGGCACUGUGCAGAAAGUCAUUGUGCUGCCUAAGGAUGAUAUGGAGACAGAGGAGCUGAUGCUGGAGGAGGUCGAAGUUUUCAAGGUUCCAGCCCCUAUUAAGACAAUGACCAUCUCCUCCAAGCGGCAACAACUGUAUGUGGCCUCUGCUGUGGGCGUAACCCACCUGGGCCUGCAUCGCUGCCACACCUAUGGGGCUGCCUGUGCUGACUGCUGUCUUGCCAGGGACCCCUACUGCGCCUGGGAUGGCAAAUUCUGCUCCCGCUACUCAGCUUCCUCUAAAAGACGUAGCCGCCGUCAAGACAUCCGCCAUGGCAACCCCAUUCGUCAGUGCAGGGGGUUCAAUUCCAAUGUCAAUAAGAACACAGUGGAGUCGGUACAGUAUGGGGUUGAGGGCAGUGCUGCCUUCCUGGAGUGUCAACCCCGAUCCCCCCAGGCCACCAUCAAAUGGCUUUUCCAAAGAGAUGCCAGCGACCGGAGAAAGGAGCUUCGAUCAGAAGACCGCAUGCUGCGGACCGAGCCUGGCCUGCUCCUUCGGGCCCUUCAGCUGAACGACGCCGGCCUUUACACUUGUACAGCCACCGAGAACAACUUCAAGCAUGUGGUCACUCGUGUCCAGCUGCACAUCCUCAGCCGAACAGCCGUCCAUGCUGUGCUCUUCCCGCCGGGAGCUGCCGUUGCUGCCCUGCAGCCCCCUGGGGCUGACCCCGCCACAGCCAGCCUCAGGCCCCCUACGCCUCCCUACCAGGAGCUGGCGCAGCUCCUGGCCCAGCCCGAAAUGGGACUUAUCAACCAGUACUGUCAGGGAUACUGGCGCCAUGCGCCCCCAAACCACAAAGAGGCUCCUGGGGGGCUCAAGACCCCUGAGCUACCGGACCAGAAAAAGCCUCGAAACCGUCGCAAUCACCAGCCGGACACAUGAAACCACCAUUGCUGCUGCCCUGCCCCCUGCAACCUUGGGGGGCCAUAAACUAUCUCAUCACAUCUCUAUUUUCCCACCAUCCCCCACCCCCAGGCCAUUACCCCCUCUCCCAUUUUAAUAUAAAAAGAUAUAUAUAUAAAUAUCUAUAUA